CAAAAAACUGAGGGGAAUAUUUUCUCUUAACAUCUACAUGUGCGGGGCUUAAUAUCUAUAUUGCAGCAUGUCUUACGUCUCCAUGAACACUAAUUGCUGGCAUAUUCUCCGUUGGCGAAUAUAAACGUGGUAGAAACGCCCCUUAAAAGUGCAACGUCAUGGGUACGCACGGACGCCGCAUCACGUCGCUGAAAUCAUUAACCCUAGACCUCCCCCCAAGCUGUAUCGAAUUCUGUCCAGGCCAUCCGGAUUAUUUUGUCGUUGGCACAUAUAACUUACAGAAAGAGGACAAAUUAGAUACAGAUCUUGUUGCUAGAGAUGACGAAGAAGAACAGCAAGUAAAGAAGACCCAGACUCGGGAUGGCAGUCUUGUCCUCUUUAAGUUAUUAGAGACUACAGAUAUAAAACACGUACAAACUGUUCUCUACCCUUCCGCUCUCCUUGACCUUCACUUUCAUCCCAGUCAAGAAAGGUCUACCGUGUUAGCUGUCGUUUCCAGUACCGGAAGUCUUUCAUUCUUCAAACUUUCCGCUUCAGAAGAACCCUCAGCUUCCCUAAAGGAAAUUAUUACCCAUAAGCCGCUUGGUGAUGAUGAUGGAGUUCUACUCCUAUCAUGCUCGUGGCAUCCACAUAUUCCUGAGCUCCUAGCAAUUACGACCUCCGACUACGAUGUCCAUAUCCUGCGUGUUACUGACUCAUGGAAUGUCUCUAAAACGAGUGAUGGGCCUGUGAUAACUCACACCCUUGAAGCUUGGACAGUGGCAUUUUCAUCGUUGACACCAAGCAAGCCUAGCUUGGAUGCGGCAGAUUCUCCAGAGGAAAGCUCUGGGCAGUUUGCAGUAUUCUCAGGGGGUGACGAUUCUAAACUCCUUACUACGAAUUGUGUAUAUUGUUCAGCUCGCAUUGAUACUGAAGAGAGCUUGAUCGAGAUAUCAUACCCGCCAGUUGCGUUCAAGGGGCACGAAGCAGGCGUAACUGCUAUUCUCCCCCUGAAUCUGCAAGUUUCAUCGCACGAUUCCGUGAUUGUUACUGGAAGCUACGACGACCAUGUUCGAGUAUACGCGUUCGAUGAGCAGAGAAAGGGGAUGCCACCUUACAGGCCUAGAUUAUUAGCAGAGCAGAACUUGCAAGGAGGUGUAUGGAGACUUAAACUGAUAAGAUUAGAAAAAGCUAUGGAGAACACCAAGGGAGACAACCAGUAUUGGAAAGUCUUUAUUCUUGCCUCAUGCAUGCAUGCGGGAUCACGGGUACUUGAGAUCUCGGGUGAUACGGAGACUGGACUUUGUGAGAUCAAGAUACUCGGACGGUUUGAAGAGCACAAGAGCAUGAACUACGGGAGCGAUUUUCAACCGGGUUCCGAAACACAAGGUAGAAAUCUCCGGUGUGUAUCAACGAGUUUUUAUGAUAAGUUAUUGUGUUUAUGGGAAUAUUAAUAUUUAUUCUGGAUGUCUAAAUCCUUUGGUCCGACCUUAUUUAUGUUACAAGCUUUAUAAUAGUGAUAUACUCAGUUAAUCUCAGUGAAUGCCUAACUCCUGCCCCUUAAGGUACAUAUAGGAACUAACGCAAGCUCGGUGAUGUAAUACAAAUAGUCUCAACACCACUUUGGAAUGU